UUGGUAUAUAUCCACUAUGGUAUAACGUUGCAAUUUGUGUGCAGAAACAAGCACGUGUUGUCGUAUGCUAAAAAUGAUUACACGUGUGUAGAGGGCAUAUAAAUCAACUGAAAGCAUUAAUUCGUAAGAAAAAAGCAGUUGUCGCUUACGGGGUCGUAAAUUAAGCACUACUAUCGGGAGUCGGUAAAACAGAAUGAUAGUAAAUCUCGCGGAAUCAUUUAGCUAUGCAAGAUGUUAUAUUGAUACGAUCUUAUUUGCGACUAUCAGUUUAUCAUUGUGGACUUAUUAAUAACGUAUAAAUGCGUUUAUGUAAUUGUAAGGGUGAAUGUUGUAAAUUGUUUUCUUGUAAAUUUUGUAACGUCGAGGUGCAAUAAAGUUUUCUUUUAUUCGAUUCAAUCAUUCAUUGAAACCUUUCACGUAAUGAUUAUUCGCAUCGCAUGAAACGUUAUCCACAUCUAUGGAAAACAAGUGGAGCUCUCUGUAAAAUAACUUGCUAUUCAAAAGCUCGGAGGCUUCGAAUGUUUGGGGGGUUGGUAUAUUUAUGACACGCACUGUAUUUUCAGAGAAAAGCUAACACAUGCGUUGACGAUGCUGUUUGCCGAGAACAUACAAAGAACGACAUAAGUCGCAUUUCUGCGACAGUCGGCUGCAAGAUAAGAAUUGCAGAUUCGAUUCGUUCGAGUUCGGUAACUAGGUGUUUUCCAAUCGGUAUAAAUUGCACGAAGGGUCGAACCUUCGACAGUAGAGGGGAAAUCGGUCACGAGAACGGUAUCUCAGGUGUAAACUCCUAACUGCAAAGAGAUCGAAACGGCUCCGUUACUCUUGACCCACUCGAUCGCGCUUUAACGAUAAACACUUAAGAAAAUAGUCCGUUUCUUAUCGACAGAUUUAUUCGCGGAGAAAUUAAUCGCGGUAUCAUUUUGACUUCGAACACCGUUUUGUGAUUUCAAACGUGCUUGAAAGAGGAAGAGAAAACAUGGCGGAGGAGAAGGAUGGUGUGCCAGGAAAAUACCGACAAUUUUUCGUCUGCCUUGUUAUGAACAUUCCGUGUCUGACGUACGGGCUAACGAUAGGCUGGCAAUCUCCGUCGGUACCCUUGCUGCAAGACAAGGAUUCCCCGGAGGUUGGCGAGCCGAUGACCGACGAAGAAGUGUCAUGGCUGACAGGGAUUAUGUGUCUGACGGGUGCUUUUGUCAGCCUGGUGGUUGCUGCGAUAGCAGAGAGAUGCGGGCGCAAAUUAAGCGGUUGUUUAGCGACUCUGCCCUUUGCCAUCAACUGGCUGUUGAUCAUUUUCGCGACGAAUCACACGCACGUGUUCAUCGCCCGUUUCCUCGCUGGCUUUGGUGGCGCCAUUAGUUUAUACAUUGUGCCACGCUACGUGUCAGAGAUCUCCAGCGAUGAAAUAAGGGGCAUGUUGGGCAGUCUGUUGGUCCUGCUCCUAAACGGUGGCAUUAUGGUAGGAUACAUCCUUGGGGCGUUGCUCAAGUUUCGUAUCUUCGCGGUGACCGCGUUCACGAUACCGCUGUUGUAUUUCGUGUUCAUAUUCUUUCUGCCGGAAUCUCCUGUGUACCUUGUGCAACAUAAUCGGCUUUACGAAGCAGCGAGAUCUCUAAGGUGGUUGAAAGCCAGCCACGAACCAACGGUACAGCGAGAAUUGGCGCGUCUGCAGGCGGAGGCCAAAGAGUUGUACGUUUCAGGAAAAUCGGUCGGAUUUUCGAACUUGUUUCGUGACAAAGCAACAAUCAAGGGAUUGGUUAUCACGUUGGGUCUGUUCGCUGCGCAACAAUUGUGCGGAAUAUUCGCCAUGAUAAGCUACGCAGAGACGAUAUUCAAGAUAUCAGGAAGCUCGUUAUCGCCGAACACCUCUGCAAUUAUCUUAGGCGCCAUACAACUGUUUGGCUCGUAUUUGUCCACUUCAUUGAUGGAACGACUCGGCAGGAGAAUUUUGCUUCUGACGUCUGCCUCGGGAAUGUGUAUCUGUCACUACACUCUCGGAAUCUUCUGCUACCUGCAGGUGCUUGAAAUCGAUGUCAGUGCCCUGAAUUGGAUUCCAGUGGUGAUGUUGUCCGUCUACAUGAUCUGCUACAGUCUAGGCGUUGGUCCGGGUCCAUACGUGGUGUCUUCGGAAGUACUCGCUCGAGACGUUGCGAGUUUAUGCAUGACGCUAGGUUUGUUCGUUCUCUGGAUAACGGCGUUCGUCGUCGUUAAAUUCUUCACGAACAUCGCCAGUGUGCUAGGCAUGUACGGUUGCUUCUUUGUGUUGGGUACUCUCUGUGUGGCUAUUUUCGCGUUCGUUUUCGUGCUUAUCCCGGAAACGAAGGGUCAACCUCGUCAGUUAAUCUUAGACCGACUGAACGGGCUACCUUGCUCCAUCGACAAGACCCGAUACGCUACGUCUAGUAACAUAAUCCAGAAGAAUGCGCCCUUACCUGAAGAAGUUUGAC